AUGUGUACCUCCAUGGUUACUACAGUUUUGACGAAGAGUGAAGACGUUAAGUCGCCGCUGUGGCGAAGCAGUGCGAAAUUCACUAAUGGCGUCACAGCAGCGUUUGAAUGCCUAUACAUUCUGGACACCGAUCUGUUUGAAGCGACCGAUCUGUGCAUAGAUGAUCGGGUCGGAUUCCAGUUGCCCCAGUACGUGAUAAUGGACGGCUUAUUAAGACUGGCAGGCAUGUUCUUCUACUAG